CCUUUUCUCUCUCUUCUUCCUAAUUAAAAACAGUUUCACGUUCAAAGAAUAAUUGAAGAAAGUUGAGCGUUUCACAAUUUCAAGCUUCCUCUCUUCUUCUUCUUCUUCAACAGACCUCUCUAAUUCUCAGAAUUACCAAUCUCGCCGCCAUAUGAUAUGGCAGGACUCACGGCGGCGACGCUGUUCACCGUCCUCCUCAUUUCCUUAGCACCGGCGCCGUCCGCCGCCGCACUCCAGACCUUCUCGGAAACCUACGGACCUUUCAACGAUCUCGCUUACUACAACACAAUAUUUCAGGUCCAACAACCAGCUCUGAUUCACAACGAUGCUCUCCAAGUCACGCCAGAUUCUCUUAACCCCGAUGUAUCACCAAUCGAUAACAAAUCCGGCCGUGUUUUCCUCAAGAAACGUUUCAAACUAUGGGAGGGAAGCGUUGAUUCAGUAGCCGAUAGAGUCGCAUCAUUCAAUGUUUACUUCCGGAUCAACAUUUUCCGACCGCAGAAUCUAACCGCAGGCGAAGGCCUGGCGUUCGUCAUUGCGCCGGAUUUCGAGAUUCCGCUUAACAGCUCUGGAAAAUACUUAGGUCUUACGAAUUCCUCCACCGACGGUCAAUCCAGCAAUCAAAUCGUGGCGGUUGAGCUUGACACUGUGAAACAGGAUUUCGAUCCGGACGAUAAUCACGUCGGACUUAACAUCCAUUCGGUACGAUCUAAGGUAAACGCUUCACUAACUCCUCUCGGAAUCGAACUCGCCCCUAUCGGAGCCAAAUUCUACGACAUAUGGAUCCAAUACGACGGCGUUAAUAAAUCCAUCCAAGUGUUCAUAGCACCGACUACUCAAUUAGGUCCAUCGCCGCCGCAACCGACGGUUCCCGUCCUUAAAUCUCCACUCGAGCUGAGAGGAGUUGUGAAUCAGAACUCGUAUUUCGGAUUCUCCGCGUCAACCGGUAGCACAGUACAACUUAACUGCGUCUUGAGAUGGAAUCUGACUGUGGAGCAUUACGCUGAAGGAAACGGGGAACAACCUUUUAUUAAGAUCGUAAUAGCAGUUGUAGUACCAACGCUGGUUCUGAUUUUGAUUGCUGCGGCGGUGGGAUACUAUGUCUACAAACGCCGCCGCGGAAAGAAUAACUACUCUGACAUAUUGGGUGCCCUUAGGAGCCUUCCAGGGACGCCAAGGGAAUUCGAGUUCAAGGAUUUGAAAAAAGCAACGAAUAAUUUCGACGAGAAAAACAAACUAGGACAAGGAGGGUAUGGAGUUGUAUACAGAGGCACUUUCCAAAGCGAGAAUCUAGAGGUAGCUGUGAAAUGGUUUUCGAGAGGAAACAUUCAAGGACAAGACGAUUUCUUAUCGGAACUAACGAUCAUUAACCGUCUCCGCCAUAAACACCUGGUCCCUCUCCGAGGAUGGUGUCACAAGAACGGGAAACUACUGUUGGUUUACGAAUACAUGGCCAAUGGGUCCUUGGAUAUGCAUCUGUUUAACGACGGUCCAGAUAGAAAGCCUUUGAGUUGGACUCUACGAUACAAGAUAAUCUCAGGCGUAGCAUCGGCUUUACAAUACCUCCACAACGAGUAUGAUCAAAAAGUGGUCCAUCGCGACCUGAAGGCCAGCAAUAUAAUGAUAGACACCAAUUUCAACGCCCGGUUAGGGGAUUUCGGGCUUGCCCGUGCACUAGAUGCAGAGAAGACCUCGUAUGCAGAGGCGGAAGGGGUUCUGGGUACAUUGGGUUACAUUGCGCCAGAGUGUUUCCAUACAGGCAAGGCUACACAACACUCUGAUGUGUAUGCUUUCGGGGCAGUCUUGCUUGAAGUGGUUUGCGGGAUUAGACCAGGGAGUAAGACGGGUGGAUACCAAUUCCUGGUUGAUUGGGUUUGGUCACUUUACCGAGAGGGGCGGCUUCUUGAUGCAGUUGAUGAAAGGUUGAAGAAGAAGAAGGAUGGUGAUGAUGAUUAUGAUAACGAAAACGUGGUUAAUCCGGAGGAAGCGGAGAGGAUUCUGCUGUUGGGAUUGGCUUGUUCACAUCCAACAGCUAGCGAACGGCCAAAGACACAAACAAUCCCUCAAAUGAUAUCCGGGUCUAUGGCCCUGCCUAAGGUUGCUCCUUUCAGGCCAUCUUUUGUAUGGCCGUCAUUACCGAUGGGAAUGGAUGGUUUAAGUUUGAGUACAACAGCAACUGAAACAAAGUCAUUCACCAUGUCAGAAUGGACUCCAAGAUACUCCAUACCAGAUAGUAAUGCUCCAGCAACUCCAGAUGGUCACAGUUUCAACAACAUUCUGUAGUUGUAAUAUUGUAAAUUUUAUUUGUUUAUGGCGAGGUUAGUACAGAAAGUUUUUAUAAGACUUCUGCCAUUAUGUGUUACUUUUUUUUUUUUUAUUCAUUGCUUGCUUGCUCACAGA